UGUCCGCCCCCCUGCGCUUCCUCUCUAGCCGCCUGCGCUCUAUGCUCCGCGGUCGCGGGCCGCCAGCGGGCCAGCAGGGAGGGGUUCGCCGCGGGAGGCGGGGCGGGGAGGCUAGAGGUGUCUCCUCCACCCGCGCCACGGGAGACCCGGGUGAGCUCGGUGACAGCUCGUCGGCCGCCAUGUCAGCGAGUGGGGCUGGAAACAGAGCCGGCGACCAGCCGUAGCCCUCCUUGCGCCUCCGAUUCCCAGACAUGGAAGGACUUUAAGAAAAUUUAAAUGGUUCAACAAAAGAUGCUCUAAUGGAUGACAGUGCAACUCCUACAUACAAUCUGCAGAUAGAACCAAAAGAUGGCUGCCAUCCUGGAGACUGUGUGGAAAGUAUAGUAACCCGCUUGCCUUCUGCAUCUGAUGAGAAUGAAAAUCAGCUUGAUGGGGAUGGCUGUGAGCAUCUGACAAGCAGUGAGAGUGCAAUGGGCAAACCUGAAGUUUUGGAGCAGGACAGUCUCAACAAUAAUGAAAGCUGCAUCGCAGGCUGUGAGGUGGCUACCAGUGAGAACUCCGAGAGCACUUACUGGGAGGGUGCCAGAGAUGGACAGGCUUUCUUGGAAAAGGACAAAAAAAUACCUGGAAAAAGAAGCUCAAGAAGCAAAAGAAGCACUGCUAGGAAGAUAAUGCCGCAAGGACUUUCUUCAGGAGAUGCCACUCAUUUAAUGCAAGAAAAUGCACUAAGUGCAAGCACACUUGCUCUUUCUGAAGAGUCUGCUGAAGUCAAUGCUAAUGAUCAGCCCGAAGCUCCAAAGCCAGCUCUGCAAACUCUGUUCUCACUUAUAAGAGGUGAAGUUGAGCAGCUGGAUUCAAGAGCACUUCCCCUUUGCCUUCACCAGAUAGCGGAGUCGUAUUUCCAGGAGGAGGACUAUGAGAAAGCAAUGAAAUUCAUUCAGCUUGAACGACUGUAUCAUGAACAAUUGCUUGCAAAUCUUUCUGCCAUUCAAGAACAAUGGGAAACAAAAUGGAAAACUGUACAACCACAUACAGUUACAUCUCUAAAGAAUUCAGAAAAAGGAUUUAAUGGUGAAGACUUUGAACGGCUUACUAAAUUUUGCACAACACAUCAAGAUCCACUUUUAUCUAAACAAAAGAUCUCAGCUGUAGAGAAGACCCUGGACAGGAAAAGCAUUACAGAGUUAGAUGCAGUGUCUGAAGAGCCAAAGGGCAGAGAAGCUAUAGCCAAAGAUCCAGAGAGUAGCACUUGCCUUGGAGAGGAGCCAGGGAGAGAACGGCCGCAUAAAGAGCCCCUGGAGAGCCUUCCCUGCUGUAAUCAGCCGGGCGGGCAGGCGGAUCCCCUGAGCCCUCCGGUAGCUGCAGGGAAGGCCCACGAGGAGGAGCCCCUGGGCAGCGCCCAGGACACCCUGGAGCUCCCCGCCCAGCCCGGGGCCGGGCCACACUGCGCCGAGGAUGCCGGUGAGGCCGACGGCUUGCCGCUGGCUCAGACAGAUGGCUGCCCAGGGGCGGCCGGAGUAGAGGCCGCCGCUGAAGCUCCGAAGUUGAUGCUUUCCCGCGAGUCAAUGAUAGAACCUUUGAUUCUGCCCGGCUCUGACCAUAUACCUCCUGCGCUGGUUUCCGAGGGUCAGUGUUCACAGACUCAGAGAAAGGAACUUCACUUGGCGCUGGGAGAUGCUCCUGAGGCGGUGCCCACGAGCCAACCUGAGAACAAUGAGCUGAACGAACCCAGGCAACCUGAUCUCACUGGCAGGGAUGGAAAAUCACCCCUGGGGCCGCCUGACUCACCCGAGUCUGAGCGGGUACUUUGUGAAAAUGGGAACGCAUCUGACUUAAGUGCAGCGCUUCCAGAGCGGUCUAUGGCCCCAGAGGGAAAGGAAGAGCAGGAUGACCUAGUCAAUAAAGAAACCGAAGACUAUUUGAACAGCCUUUUAGAGGGAUGCCUGAAGGAUGCGGAAGACUCCUUUUCCUACGAAGAUAACCAAGAGGAAGACUCUGACCUCCUUCAGGAUCUUUCUCCUGAAGAAGCAUCUUACAGUCUACAGGAAAAUCUGCCUCCCGAUGACAGCUGUCUUUCUCUCGAUGAUCUUGCGAAAAGGAUAGAGAUCGCAGAGGUUGUUCCUGCUGAAGGGCUGGUCUCUAUAUUGAAGAAGAGGAAUGACACUGUAGGUGAUCAUCCUGCCCAGAUGCAACAGAAACCAUCUAAGCGAAGAGUGAGAUUCCAGGAAAUAGAUGAUAACUUAGAUCAAGAUGAAGUUGGAGGUGGCUCCUGUAUUUUGCUAAUCUUGCUGUGCAUAGCAACGGUUUUCCUGAGUGUUGGAGGAACUGCAUUGUAUUGCUCUUUCGGGGACAUGGAAUCACCUGUAUGUACGGACUUUGCAGACAACAUGGACUUCUAUUACGAGAAAUUACUGCAGGGAAUGGCAGAACUCAAACACUGGAUCUACCUCUCCUAGCAGCAUUCAAAAGUGACAGACAUGCUAGCAAUGAGAAUCAAAGAGUGAAACUUCCUAAACCUUUUUUCUUUCAGGAGAUCUGUAAUGUGCGUCCCUUCCCUGCACUGAGGAGCCCUGGAUGUCAGAAAUAGCAAAUUUAAAUGGAAAUCCAAAGGAACCCUUGGCACCCUGCAGUGUGAGGCUGAUAUAUAUGUAUCUGAGCAUUGUGGGUGGAAGGAGUGCUCUUUGUAUGUCCAUAGCCUCCUCGCUGCUCCUCGCUGCUUCCUAGUGUAACAAGCUGCACUGAGCAGAAUUAGACAGAAUAGUGUGGGGGCCACGCCAUCCUCCACCUACACCUUGUCACACUAAUGGUUAAGGACACGUGGUUUACACUUGUUGGUCCAAAGGCAUUGCUUCCAGUUGUCACGCAAUAAGUUUGUGUAUAAGCAAAGACAUUUCCUUAUGGUUUCAAUGUCUUUUUUUUUUUUUAGUUAAUAAUGGGAGCUACGUAAUUCAGGCUUUGUAUAUUAUUUCCAAAUUACUCCGUUUGUGAAAUGAUUGUGUCUGGAUGUGUAUGUGUGCGUGCACAUACAGUUGUGUGCAUUUCAGAUUGUUCUCAUAAGCAAAUUCCCAACAUAAAAUAACAGAUAAUUUUUAUUCUUUUAACUUAAAGUAGAAGUGCAGGCACAAAUAUUUGAAGAAGGCCUAACUGUGGAUGAGAUGAGUCAUAGGAAUCCUAACCCUGAAAUGAGGAACUAUGGCAAUUAAUCUGAUUUGUCAAAAAAUUAAUUACAGGAUUAGAGGUAAAGUGAAUAAACUCCCUCUGAGUCUCGGGCAGCCCGUUUUAUCAUGGAUUCAAUGUUAUCAGAAAUAGUAUAAAUUCUGGACUCAAUUCAGCAAAUACAUAUUAAGCACUUGUCAUGUUCUGAGAAUCUAAGAACCAGAAUACAAAAAUAAUAAGAUAUUAGUUCCCUCUGUGGAUGUUUUAAUUUGGGCUUAUGUGAAAUAAACUCAAACUUUUGGCAAUGAAAUUAAAUCUCCCCAUGUAAUUCAAUAUUUACAGAUUAUGCAUUCAGAUGUUUGAACAUCAUUCCAAUCAUGAACUUACUUUAGGCCUAAUAAAAGGUCAUUAAGCGAAAAAUCAAUCAUAAAUAGGCAAAUUUGUUUCAUUUUGUUUCUUUCAGGUGGCAUUUCCUUUUCUAAGAGAGUGGUCUAACAUUUAAGAAGCUUUCUUUGGCUUUUUAUAUUAGCAUUUUAAAAAAAAAAACACAUCAAUUAUAGAUUUUUAGCAAGUGAUUAUUAUUUCAUGUUUUUCUGCCAUGAUUUGAACAAAAAGAGGAGAAAUUACUUCCUAGUUGUUACUGGCUGGUACAGUACCUCCCUUUAUGUUUCUGCUUAUUUAUUUAGAUGAUGCGACUACAAAAGGGCUUUUUCCCUAAGUUGAAAGCAUGUUGUCAGGCAUGCAUUCAGUUACCCCAAUGCUAGGUAUUUAAUUACUGUGUAGAGCUUUGAUUUUCUAUCAUUUCAGUUUAAUGUCUUUUUUGGCUUGUUUAUUUUUAAAUUGAUACUUUACCUUCACUGAUAAGACUGUUUGACUUGUAUCUGUCACCAUAAACUGUAAUAUUUUCAAGGAUUAUAGAUCAAAGAUAUUUAUUUAGAAGUAUACAAGAUGCUGAAAUUUAGAUUCCUUAUACCUGAGGCUGACUUUAUUAGAGGAUUAUUUUAAUGUUCUAUUAUAAAUUUUAAGAAUUUGUAUUCAGAUUGUAUGUACAAUAUGUAAAGUGUUGAUGGUACUAUAAACACACAUCCGCAAAGCCUCCUUUGAGAGGCCUCCCCAUCAGAGACCGACGUUUUCUGUUUUACCCUCAUGAUUUUUAGUUGCAGGACUUUAAUGCAAGUUUUAUGUCAAGAUAAGUUAAAAUUUCCCUCACAGUCACCUCCUUUGGGAAACUAUCAAAGUCUUAAAUAAAAAUUUUUCCUCUCUCCCAUCAGAGCACAACUCUCUGACAGUGGAGAUUUCCUGGGACCCUUCACCCUUAGGUGAAAGGACUGAAAUCAGACUUUGAUACUCAGGGGCUUGGUGUGUCUCAGAAACACCUUCUGUGUCCUCACCACUUCCCAGGGGUGGCGAAGAGCACUCUGAAAAAUACUGAUUUAAGUCUUGACUUAAAAUAGGCAUGUAAUUUCAACUAGGAAAUCUAUUUUUUUUUAAUUUUUUUUAAUAGUCACCUAUUGCAUGAAUUGGAGUAAUCCCAUCUGGUAAUGAAAUAAUUGUUCUCACACUCAUGAAAAAUGUCUUGAGUUUUACUAUUCUGUAACUUUUCUGGUCAUUUGAAAAGUACUGACAACAAUUUGUAACUAAUCUCUCCUAAAAACUGUAUUUGAGGGUAACAGAUCAGUUUGUGAUUUAAAAUCUACACCAACAAAAUGUCUUAGAAAUGUUUCUUUGAACCUUUGGGUACUGAGAAAAGCUGCUUUAAAGAGAAGGCAGAGCAGCUUUGGACGUUGGUGUGGUACACCACUGUUUUUAGAAGGCUCGUAGGUCCCUACAUAGAAAACUCUUCUGAAGCACCUCUUCCUUUCUAACACAGUAACUGAAACUUGCUCCAAAAAGUCACUCUUUCUUUCUAAUAAACAAAAUCCUCUGAGGGGCCAAAGUAAUAGUAUAGCAAAUACAGCACUUGCCUUGCACACAGCUGAACUGGGUUUGAUUCCUGGCACCUCUGUUUCCCCGAGUCCUACCAGGAGUAAGUCCUGAGCACCCUGGAUGUGGCUCAGAAGACAAAAACCAAAAAAAUUCCUCUGGGAGGUUUGCUUUAGUAAGCUGUGAAUUUGUGUUAUGCUGGGAGGGUCUGAGUUUAAAGCUGGGCCAUAUUUGUGUGGGAGGGGUGGGCUUGGCCCACCCUCGGCUGUGCUCAGGGGUCGCUCCUGAGUGAGCUCAGGGAUAUGUGGUGCUGGGGAUUGAGCUUGGGUUGGCUACAUGCAAGGUAAACGCCUUCCCCAAUGUGCUGUCACUCCAGCCCCCUGAGAGCCCAUACUUGGAAAGGAAAGAGGUGAAGUUUGAGUUGGGACUAAGUUGAAUGGCAGGGACUAGCUUGCGGAGAUAUGGAAAAGGAAAAGGGCCAGUACUGGUGAAACAAAAGGAGAGAAGUGUAGGUUGGGGCAACUGUGAUCCUGUGUGAUUGGAUACGGUCUUUACUCCAAUCCCAAAUAGAAACUAAGUUUUUGUCUUCCCACCGAUAUGACCUGUGUAAAUCUGUUUCCAUGGACUCACUAUUAACGCACCACAAAUACCUUACUAUGUAAUAUACAUAGGAUUUCAUAUUUAAUCAUUUGAUGCUUGCUUAGACCAGUGAACACAGUCUUCACCUCCAAUUCCAUGCCUCAGGACAGUAAGAUAACUAAAGGCCACUGUCACUUAUGAACUUAGACACAGAUACCCUUAUCAUUACCUUUGGAUCUAUUCCUAGAUCCAAACUAUAUGAAGGCUAAUAAACAAUGUUAGUUUAAUGUUUUAAAAAUCACUCAGUAUGAUUCACCAUUUUUAUUAAAAAAGAAACCGCCAAUACAGUUAUAUUAAUAUACCAUUCAUGGUUUUAAAAAAAAUUAGCAAAUAUCAAAUACUUAAUAUCACAAGAGUCUAAAAGGUGCAGAAUUAAGGAGUUAGUGUUUCUGCCUGGGCUCAUGAAGAGCUUUGGAAAUAGAUAAUGUGGCCAUAGUCAUGUAAUCCUGUAAGUGUAUUUAACAAAACAGCUGGGCCCUAUAAAAGGGGUUAAAAUGGCAGCAUUUAUGUUCUGCGCAUUCUACCACACAGUGCAUUACCACCAAUUGUUGCUGGGGCUGUGGACGAUGACAGUAUCAUAAAGUUAAAUAACACAUCAACUGUGUCACCCAACCAUCCCAUACCUUAUCUCGGGUUCUUACAUAAGAGAUACAAACUUGAACACAAGAAAAUGUUGGCAUAAGUGUUCAUAGCUGCUUUUUCCAGCAUAGACAAAACAUCGGAACACUCUAGUGCCUGUCGCUUUCAGUAUAGAAUACUACACAGAAUGAGAAGGAACAUGCAUGACAUACGAACAUGCGUGACAUGGGUGAAUCUCAAAAUAAUAGUUCUGAAGGAAUGAAGCCAGAACAAAAGGGAGUGCGUGUUGCCCUCAUUCCACUCAGGAGCCGGGGAGCAAUAGGCGCCAACAGUGUUGUGUUGUGCUGCCCGGGCCCAGCCCUGCUGCUCAGCCUCCAUGCAUGGGGCUGUAAGGGUUACAUCUGGCAGGGCGGAGGGGUCAUGGGGUGCUGGGGAUUGACUUGCAUCCAGGGCCUUCCAAAAGCUGUGCUCCAGCUCUUUGACCUGUCCACUUCCAUUGUUAUGAAUGUUGGGAUGUCUGACACAUUUAUGAUGAUAGGAACAGAUUGAUGGUUACCAGGGUGAUGGACCAAAAAUCACAGGGCAAUUUGGGGGACUAAUGAAAUGCUUCAUAUCUUGAAUAUGGUCAUUAUUACAUUUUCCCAAAAGUGUGGGGUUAUGCAACUUACAUGGAUGAAGUUAUAAAAUUAUUCCUCAAGCAAAGUCAUUUUUAAAAUCUGGUCUAUAAUUUCAUGGCAUAUUCAGAUAUUGUGAGGGGGAGGAGAACCCCAGCUAUUUCUAAGCAUGCUGUUUCCUUUUGCUGGAGUUGGCUUAGGUAAAUGUUUGUUGAUUUCCGAGUGUUACUCCCCAGUACAAGACUUACCCACUCAACUGGCUACUUACCAAGCCUUCUGAUAAGUUCAAUCAUUCAAAAUUGCCUUCAUUCCACUCCAAAUUCUAUUUGGAUCUCUCUGCUUCCGUCCAAAGGACUGGGAUAAUUAUUAAAACUGUGCUCUCUUCUAUUCAAUGAAGUCAUCCAAGUUCUGAAUUCAAUCUAAUUAUAGAUAUUCUGUAAGAACAACCCAAUCUCCCUCUGGCCGGAAUGCAUUGAUCAAAAGUGAGGUUUUGUGAUUUUAUUGCUUUUCCUAAUUGCCUUAGAUCAAGGGUCAGGAAGGAGGUAGGCACUUAGGAAGCAGAGAAGGCUCUCAUUAUCCAUCACAAUGACGACAGUCCAUAAAUGGUUCUUAUUUUUCAAGCACAAGAUUGAGGGUUGGCAAGAACCGCACAAACUAAACAAAAGAAAACAUCCUUGCCAGAGCUUCUAGUCUGGUUAGGAACUUGGCUUAAAAGAAUCUGAACAUAAGCAAUCUGUUUUUCCCUGAAGCCCCACCUUCAUAUCCUUUUAUCUUUAUUGGAAAAAUGCAAACUACUGGGAUAGUAAUAGUAUUAUCUCAGUCGAUCCUGGAGUACAGACUCGGACGGAUAUAGGAGAGUUGAUGGUAGGUAAAAGACAAUGAGGGAGGCAGUCCUUGAGCUGAGAAAUCUCAGUUAAGCAUCAGGUCACAAUAACUUGUUGUUCAGUCUCCUCUCUAGACUUCGGUUUCCUCAUGUACGUGGCAACAGACUUUAAAAUCCCUCUGGCCUCGGGACUGGAGCAAUAGCACAGCAGGUAGGGCAUUUGCCUUGCAUGCAUCCAACCCGGGUUUAAUUCCCAGCAUCCCAUGUGGUUCCCUGAGCACUGCCAGGAGUAAUUCCUGAGUGCAAAGCCAGGAGUAACCCCUGUGCAUUGCCAGGUGUGACCCAAAAAGCAGAAAAAAAAAAUCCCUCUGGCCUCUUUAAUACCCCCAAAAUAUUCUAAAUUUCAUCACUGAGACAAGAUAGACCACUUGGCAGUCUGUAUUUGCUGAGUGAAUGUAAUAGUUCGGUAAGGGCCAGAGACAUAGAGGAAGCAGGGUCUUGCAUGCAGCCAACCUGGAUUCAAUCCCCAGCACCAUAUAUGGUCCCUCAAUCCCCUUCAGGAGUGAUCCCUGAGCACCACCAGGUGUGACCCCCAUCACUAACUAGUAACAACAAAAAUAAGAAGUUGAAUUAGAUUCAUGGAGUUACUUUGAAACUAUACAUGGCCUGGAGGUUAAAGGUGGGAUUUACUAAUUUGGACCCAUAAACUUUGAAACACCCAUAUUGCCUAAAGUCCCUUCUGAGAAAAAGACAAUUGCUGAUUCCUUCAAAAAAAAACUUGUGCUGUGUGUUUUCUUCCCUGCCACGCUGACCACAGUUGAUUGAAUUGGGGGGUUGGAGCCCGAGCGUGACGUAUUUUGAUUUCCCAUCCUACAUGGAGCAGGAGCAGAAGUCUUACGGAGUCCGGGACACAGUCCCAGCAGAUGGCCCACAGGGAGCAGAGGUGAGAGUUGGAAAGUAGCCUGUACGCAUCAUCACCAUCAUAUCACCCUGACCACAAUCAGGUUCCAGACAGCCUGGCGCUGGGAGUUUAGUUCUUAUUAGAAUCAUAAAAGAUGAAUGGGAAAGGUCCUAUUCCUUGAUAUUCCGUAAAGGGCUCACAAUGGAUAUGGUGAAAACCUUGCCUGGCUGUAUAAAAUCAAGUUAUCUUAGAAUCAUUAGGCAGCAUGAAAAGAGUCAAAUUUUGUGAUGUAAAGCCCAACUCAGAGUGAGUCCUUGAGUGACCAUAAGUAAAAUUAGUCUACAAAAGUUCAGCUGGGGGCUGGAGUGAUAGCACAGUGGGUAGAGCGUUUGCCUUGCACGCGGCCAACCUGGGUUCAAUUCCCAGCAUCCCAUAUGGUCCCCCGAGCGCCACCAGGGGUAAUUCCUGAGUGCAGAGCCAGGAGUAACCCCUGUGCAUCGCUGGGUGUGACCCAAAAAGAAAAAAAAAGUCCAGCUAUUUCUGAAGUCAUUGUUACUAAUUUUAAAUUUAUUUACUUUUUUUUUAAGAAAGUGGUUUGGGGUUCCCCAAGGUUCUAUAUCCAGGUCUCAGGCUGCUUUCUCACUGGUUUUGCCCUGUGAUGGUCACAUGUACAUCAUCCUUGGACCAAGCUGGUGACUGGUUCUGUCUUUCCAAGUCCUCCACUAUCCUCAUGGUCUGUCCCCUGAUGUACUGCAAUGUCCUAUGUCCUCUGCUGUUCCCCUGGUCUGAGGUCUGUCACAGGCAUUCUGAGGCUGCCUCUCAAAGCCCAGUGCCCCAGGAUGCUUUGUCCCUUUGACUUUUUCAGCCCUGUGUGAAAAACCCGUGCUUUUCCUGCAGUGUGCCUGGCAUAGGAGAGGGGCCAGAGGGG